AUGAUUACCUUUCGGCGAGCGCUCGUGGUCGCCGCUUUCAUCUUAACAUGUCUCCUUCUACUGCGGAACACGCACUCAGCAGGCUCGCACAAUAAGAGCAUACAAAAUGCCGGCCCCGAGCCAUCUCUCAUGCCGCCUACGACAGAUAGUGCAAGCGCAAGUACCACUGCCGAAUUAAAACCAGCAUCAACCGGCGCCAAAUGGAAUGGUGACAACGGUGGACGCGUGGCGCUUGCGAAGAAGCCCAUUCAGCAAAUACCGCUCGAUGAGCUGAAAGCAAUGCCUCUCCGGAAACAGCUUCAGUACGCUUUCCCGUACGAUGUCGAGAGCAAGUUCCCGGGUUACGUGUGGCAGACAUGGAAGUACCAACCCUCAUCGGGAGAGUUCAAUGAGGCUUGGAGGGCAGCAGAGGCAUCAUGGACCGAAAUGCAUCCGUCGUUUGUGCACGAAGUCAUUACGGACGACAUUGCGCUGCACCUCAUCAAGCACUUCUAUGCCAGCGUGCCCGAAGUGGUUGAAGCGUACAUGGCGCUGCCGCUGCCUGUGCUCAAGGCAGACUUGUUUCGCUACUUGAUCCUACUUGCCAGAGGAGGCAUCUACAGUGACAUCGACACAACUGCGCUGAAGUCGGCGGUUGAAUGGGUGCCACCGGAAGUGCCAAGAAGUACCUAUGGAAUGGUUAUUGGCAUUGAGGCGGAUCCGGACCGACCGGAUUGGCGCGACUGGUAUUCGCGAAGGAUCCAGUUCUGCCAAUGGACCAUACAAAGCAAGCCGGGUCAUCCGAUCCUCGUGGAUGUCGUAGCCACGAUCGUCGAGGAGACGCUACGAAGAAAGCAGGCUCAUGAACUGGACAAGGAACAUAUGAAGUCAGUGGUUGAGUUCACCGGUCCAGCAGCGUGGACGGAUGCGAUCUUCAAGUUCUUCAACAACGCCGAGUACUUCGACAUGGCCACGAGUAAAGGCAACAUCACUUGGCAGCAAUUCACCGGCAUCAAGCAGGCAAAGAAGGUUGGCGAUGUGGUCGUUCUGCCCAUUACUAGCUUCUCGCCAGGUGUUGGCCAGAUGGGCGCCGGGGAGGAAGACGAUCCUAUGGCGUUUGUCAAGCACGCGUUCGAAGGGUCGUGGAAGCCAGAGAGCGAGCGCCACAUUGGCGAGAACAAGGACGACCAACAUCAGUAG